AUGGAACAGCAAAAUCGUCCUCUACUGAUUAUACUAGGUGCUAUUGCCCUCUUUGUUAUUAUCACAUUUGCCCUAGCUGCCGCUGCGCUUGGCACCUUGAACAAACGAUUCAAUGACCUUGAGAAGAAGCUGGUUACGACAACCACACCAAUAAGCACAACAACAAGUUCAACAUCAUCGGGAUCACUCGCGAGCAUUCUUGCCGAAACUGUUCGUAUGGAAGAUCUAUUGAUCCAUCUUAAACAAUUUGAAGGAUUUGCACGUGAAAACGGUAAUACACGUGCGAUAGGAACAGCUGGAUUCGCUCAAACGGUGAAUUAUAUAGAAAAUCAGCUGAAAACUAACAGUUACAAUCAACUUCAUGUUAUCCGUGAAACAUUUCCAAUACAAAACUUUUCCAUCAAAGGAGAUCCAGUUUUAAGUUGGUCUUCGAAUGGAAAGACUGAAAACUUCACCUAUUCAACGAACCUAUCUCGAACUGAUUUCACAUACGCGAAUUAUACAGCAGCGAUAAAGCUAACCAUCUACGAACUUGUCCAAGUUAAAAACUAUGGUUGUAACAAGGAUGAUUACGCUAAUACUACAGGUAAAGCUGUACUGAUCAUGGCUGGUGGGACAUGCACGUUCGCAGAGAAGGGUGAACAUGCAGCUAAGGAAAACGUAGCAGCGUUGCUCUUCUACAAUCACGGUUCGACGACGUCAAGUCUAGCACCAGCAACGUUUCGUCUUCGUCAAGCUAAUACCUUGCCUGCACUCUCUUUGUCGUAUGCGGCUGGUCGAUCCUUAUUCAAUUUACUUAAUUCUAGCAAUUCAGUUAAUGUUACACUUGAGAUUCAACGCGAAAACUAUGGCACAUUUAACGUUCACAAUAUCUGUGCACACACGGUCGAUGGAAACAGCACAGAAACGAUCAUGGUCGGCAGUCAUAGUGAUAGUGUACCGGCUGGACCUGGUAUCAAUGAUAAUGGUAGUGGAUCAGCAGCUAACCUUGUUCUAGCGUUGAAUUUAGCCCGUUUGUAUUCAUCUAAAAACUAUCCAAAGUAUCCAUAUCGAAUUCGAUUUUGCUGGUGGGGUGGAGAAGAAAUUGGCUUGACUGGAGCAAUUUACCACGUAGAGCAAGCUAAGAAUUCAUCGACCCCAGACGAUUUGAAACUCUUCAACAAUUUAAUUAAUCUUAACUACGAUAUGUUAGGUUCGCCAAACUAUAUAUUCGGUAUUUACAAUGGCAGUUCAGCUAAAGCAGGUACAUCACCAAAAGCAAUUAAUGGCAGUAUUCGAGUCUCCGAAGCGUUUCGUAACUGGUUCAAUAGUCAAAAUCUUCCAUGGGAUUACACUGAUUUUAGUGGCCGAAGCGGUGACGGAACCAAAACCGAAACACAGCGUGAUAUUUAUGAAGCAAAAUUGGGUCAGGGUUACGGUGGUUUGCCAGGCGCCACUUACGAUCCAUGUUAUCAUAAGACAUGCGAUACGCUAAAGAACAUUGAUCAAUUCGGUUACUUAAAAAUGGUGCAAGCGGCUGCCUAUAUGCUCGAAUUCUUAGGUAAUAAAACUGAUCUGAUAACUUGGUUAUAUCCCGACGGACGACCAACUCAAAUCCAAUUACCGGAAGAUUAUUUUCCGAACAGCGACUAUUAUGUGUAA